UGUCUUACUCCUUGAGAAUGACCUCUACUGCUCCUUCACGUGAUCCCAGUUUGGAUGCUGAAUGGGAGGAAUGGAAGAAGAAAUUUGGAAAAUCCUACAGCCAGGAUGAGGAAGGACGCAGAAGAGCAUUGUGGGAGGAAAAGAAGAAAAAAAUUGAGAAGCAUAAUGUGGAAUAUGAACAGGGCAAGGUCAGCUACUCCCUGGGCCUGAAUCAAUUUAGUGACAUGACGGAUGAAGAAUUCAGUAAAAAUUGCUGUGGAUUGUUAGUGCACACUGACGAGUCACCUAAAUCUGAGAAUUUGGAAAAGAACAGCUAA